UUCCGCAGCAAAUCGGAGUUUAAUCCAUCCAUGGCGUCGCUCGUAACGCUAGUAGCUAUUCCAAGGAUAGCAGCGUUUUCGCUCUCGAGGAGGAGGCGAGGAUUAGCAGCGCGGUGUUGCAGCAAAAGCGAUGAAGAACAGCGCAAGAUUAAGCUCCAGCAGCUCGACAAUCAGCUCGAGGGCCUCUCGUCCACCAGAUCUCCUCCAAGAAUUUCUUCCGUUCCUCCGCCGCCACGAAAAUCCGACAAGGAAUUGGAGGUCGCGCAGUUCCCCGAGGUGGAGAGUGCCUUCUUCUUGAAAUUCGCGGCCAUUCUCUUCCUUAUCACCAUCGUUAACAAUCUCCUCUUCAUCGCCUUCUUCCCAAACGCGCCAAAGGACGAGCCUGGUUCGAAUCCCAGCAACGAGAGAAGAAUGUAGCUAGGUAGGAGGAUAUUCUCUGGAAUGUUAUCAUGGGCCGUCCAUGGCAUCGACGGCAUUUGAUCGAGGCUUCGCGAUCUAGGGCUUAUUGUGAGGAGCGAGCGAGCGAGCGAGCGGAGCCAUGGCGGCUGUCAAGACGAUCUCGCGCUCGGCCAUAGCAGCGUUCAGCCCCAGCGAGAAUCUCAUCGCCGCGGGGACGGUCGCCGGAUCUCUGGAUUCCUCGCUCAGCUCGUCGACGUGCCUGGAGCUCUUCAAGCUCGAUUUGGCCAGCGACGACGUCGAGCUGCCGCUGGUGGGAUCCUGCGCCACCGCCGAGCCGCUGAAUCGCCUCAGCUGGGCGGGUGAGGCGGGAUUGCUGGCCGGCGGAUUGGCGGAUGGGAGCAUCAAUAUCUGGAAUCCGGCCGCGCUUGUAAGCGAUUUCCAGAGCAAUACCGAGAGUGCCGCCGAGGCGAAGAUAGAAAAGCACACACAGAAGAUCGUUGGGCUAGAGUUUAACCCGAUCACUCCUAAUUUCCUUGCGUCUGGUGACGCUGAUGGCACGGUCUACAUCUGGGAUCUCACGGAUACUGCUACCCCGAAGCCAUGUCCACCGCUUCAGUGGAAAGGAGCAUCGUCGAUUUCUCACCUCUCAUGGAACCGGAAGGUUUCUCAUAUCUUUGCUACAACAUCAAAUGAAGGCGUUUGCGUGGUAUGGGACUUGAAGAAACGAAAAAGUGUUUUGAGCUUCUCAGAUCCACAAUCGAAACUGCGAUACUCUGCGUUACAAUGGAAUCCAGAAGUUCCAACCGAGUUAAUUGUCGCAGUUGACGAUGACAAUAUGCCUUGUUUACAGGCUUGGGACUUGAGAAAAGCGAAUCAUCCGACGCGAGUUCUUACUGGACAUUCAAAAGGAAUCCUUUCACUGGCUUGGUGUCCAAGUGAUAGUUCGAUGCUACUAAGUUCUGCAAAGGACAAUCGAACAUUGUGCUGGGACGUUUCAGGGGAGAUUAUCGGGGAGUUACCUAGAGGCAACAGUUGGAAUUUUGACGUGCAAUGGUCUACCCGGACGCCUGGCAUCUUAUCCGCCUCAUCUUAUGAUGGAAGAGUUGGCAUAUACAGUAUUGAGUCCUGUCACCAUAAUGAAAAGGAAUAUGGACGUACUUCUCCUGUGGUUUUGAAGGCACCAAAGUGGCUCAAGAGACCAGUGGGAACGAGUUUCGGUUUUGGUGGAAAGCUCGUCUCGUUUAAAAAGAAGGCUGAAAAUUCUAUAGCUUCGGAGGUCAAGGUUCAUAGUUUGGCGAUCGAAGAAGGCACGGUUAAACGUUCGACUGAAUUUGAGGAAGCUGUUACCAAUGGCGAUCGAAGGGCUCUUUUGAAGUCUUUUUGUGAUCGAAAAGCUUCUGAAGCAGAAUCUGAUCAAGAACGAGAAGUGUGGGAAUAUUUGAAGCUGAUGUUUGACGAUGAUGGAGGAAGAAAGGCUCUAUUGAAUCAGCUUGGCUUUCAAUUUUCUGAAGUCGACGCACUUGCCGAAGAGUUUGAAGAGAAGGCCGAAAUUCAAACAGACGUACCGGCUGUAGAAACACCAAUUGACGAUGGGGAGGACUUUUUUGAAAACCUUCAAGAGCCAAAAGAACCCGAGGUAGCUGCUGGACAAAUGAACGGGAAAGAUGAGACCACCGCAGAAGGCACAGAAGAACAAGAAGUAGAUGAUACUAGCAGGGACUCGGACAAUGCAAUCGAGGAGGCACUGGUUGUUGGAGACUUCAAGGGAGCAGUGGCACAAUGCAUUUCUAUGAACCGAAUUGCCGAUGCCUUGAGCAUUGCUUAUGCUGGAAGUCAAGCUUUGGGAGAGAAAACUCGGGAUGAGUAUGUGAAGAAAAACCAACGUUCGUAUUUCAAGGUUCUGUCCGCGAUUGUAACACGAGAUUUCAGUGGAUUAGUCGCAAACAGGCCUUUAGCUGCAUGGAAGCAGACAUUAGCUCUUCUGGCUACGUACGCGCGUGGUGAAGACUGGUCACAACUUGCUAAUGCGUUGGCUUCAAGGCUUGAUCUUGGCGGCGAUGUUCAAGCAGCAACAAUCUGUUAUAUAUGUGCAGGCAAUGUUGAGAAGACUAUUGAAGUGCUUUCUCGCGCGUUCAGCACCCCAAAUCAUGGGAAGCAUGUUACGACAAAUUUACAGGAUUUAGUGGAGAAGUCACUUGUGCUGGCUGUCGCUGUCGAACUUAAGCGACUCACUCCGGCCUUAGCAAAGGCAGUAGAGAGUUUUUGUGAACUUCUUGCGAGUGAAGGACUUGUAGAAUCUGCCGGCGCGUAUCUCUCUUUGGUCCCCGGGGAACUACCUCAAAGUUUGACGAUACUUCGAGACAGAAUUCAGAGAAGUCAGCAACCGCCGCAAGUGCCAGUGGCAGCGCCCGCGCCCGCGCCAGCGCCAGUGGCAAGCCGUCAAUCACCCAUGUAUCCUAACACUGGGUAUACGCCGAGUUACAAUCAGGGAUUUUCUUCGCAACCGUACGACUACCCGCAUUACACUCAAACGCCAACGCCAACGAUGGGUCAGUAUGCACCAUCUUCUCCCGCUCCUAGCGCUCCUGCUCCAAGCUUGAUGGUUCCAAGGCCUCCACAGCAAACAGAACCUCACGUCCCGCCUCCAACUAUGUUCAACCCUGUUCGUGUGCAGCCUCCUGCUUCAAGCUUUAUGGUGCCGAGACCGUCACAUCAAACAGAAGUUCAUACGCCCGCUGGAUUCAAUCCUGUUGCUGGAUUCAACCCUGUUCGCGUGCAGCCUGUGCAGCCUCCUCUCCAACGCCUUCCUAGUCCACCGACAGCUGCUCAACCAUUGAUCUCACACUUACAACAACAGACUCCUUAUACAGUUCAAGCAACAUAUACAGCACCACCACAUUCUACUCCAGCAACAUAUACAGCACCAGCACAAUCUGCCCCAGCACCCCAGCCUACAUACACAGCUCCAUCAGCGCCGGCCCCUCCCCCGACUGUCCACACUGUUGACACACAGAAUGUUAAAGAUGAAUUGAAGCCUGUGGUUUCUACGUUCAAAAGGCUUUUCGCUGAAACGUCCGAUAUGAGCAACCCUGUAAAGAAACGUGAAGUGGAUGACAACUCCAGAAAGCUUGGAGCUUUGUUCGCCAAGCUAAACUCUGGGGACGUAUCGCCAAAUGUCGAGACGAAGCUACUUCUGCUUUGUCAGGCACUGGAUAGUCGGAAUUUCCCUUCGGCUCAUGAGAUACUAGGCGACUUGACAUCGCGAGAGUGGGACGAAUGUGGUGUCUGGCUGACCGCCGUGCGGAGAAUCACUAAAGCUCACCAGCAAUCUAUGCGCUGAGAUGGUUCGAUGUUUUUCUCUUUUUUGUUUUCCUGAUUUGUGAAGAAUUACCUUACCUAUAGGUAGGUAAUGGAAGAAAGUUAAAAAAAAAACCAAAUUUUUUCUUC